AUGGCCGGCGAUCAGGUUCAAGAGCUCCUCGAGGCUCCCUCUGAGUUUGCAAAGAGCGGCAUCCAGUUCAUGCGCCGCUGCACCAAGCCUGACAAGGCGGAAUACCUGCGUCUCUGCCAGGCUGUCGGUGUUGGUCUGGUGAUCAUGGGCGCUGUUGGAUACAUUGUCAAGCUGAUUCACAUGCCUCUCAACCGGGUACUAGUCGGUGGCGCGUAA